AGUCACUAUCUGUAUGUUAAUUGACCACCACCUUAAAGAAAAAGAAUUAAUUAUGACAACACAACAGAAUUUUCAUUUACAAGGAGAGUUGCCCCAUGAAUUCGAUACAGCGCUAACUGAAACUAGCCAUCAACAACCUAUUCUUAUUACGGCCUUGAUAAUUCAAAAAAUGACAAGAACGUCCAGAUAUAUAGGAACGAGGUUACAGUCAAACACGUAACCAACCAAUUGGCCUGAAUACUUCGCUAACUGGAAAAAAGGUCAAGAGGAACAAUUCGAACACGCAAAACAAGAAAGAGCUGCCCUUUAUCGGCAAAACCAGGAGCUAAUACAUAAAAUUGACUUGCAAAGCACUCUCUUAAGUGAUCAGCAACACCAGAUUGAACAACUUAUAGAUGAGUUAAACCAAAGGCUUGACAAGGAAAGAAUUAUAGAACAGAGAAGAGCAAAAAGGAAGGCUGCUAAAAACCAGCCACCGAGAGACGCCAUUACACUUUUGGGUUACAAAACACAUGUUCUGUAACAAAAAACCCACAUACAACUUCUACGUAGUUUUCACAAAAGUUCCAAGGCUCGCAGAACUUAUUUUUUCUUAAAUAUUUCAUUUACUUUUACGAAUUCCAUUAUUUUUACCAGGGAAAAAGUCUUUUCUUACUCGCACAUCUGGAAGAAAAGGGAACGAAACAAGAUAACAAAAGACUUAUUAUCCCCUACUGGUCAAUUACUACUCAAAAGGUUGACCAGCGUCUGUACGAGAAACUAAACUUCGUUGUUGUUGUUGUCUUAAUAAAGGGCAUGUUCCUUUAUUGAGGGGGUGGGAGAAGGCACUAAUCGAUAAAAUCAAUCACAAAGCCAUUUGUUGAAUGAAUUGCUAAACAUGCAACGCCAGCAAGCACGAAAAGAAGCCUUGUGUAUUCAACGCAAAUUUAAAGGAAACGCGCCAACGCUAAUAAAAGAACGCCCAGAGACACUAUAGCCCCAAGCUAAUUCCAAGAGUUAAUAACUUCUAUUCAAUCCAAAGGCGGCCAUUUAUGGCCGCAAGAAUUCAACUCGCUUUUACUUUAUUCUAUUUGACUUGACUAAGGGCCCCUGCCCCUACGGGGCGACCUUCUCAAUAAGGAAUUUCGAGAACUUAUAGAGAAGCAAUCCACUCGUAUACAUAGUUGAGUCCGUUCGUCAGAAUUAGAAAAAUCUUUAUUAGUUGACAAGCUAAACAAUGGCUUAAUGCUAUAGAAAGAUCGAUUCAGCUAUUGACUGCCAAUAAAGAAAGCCAAGAUUAUCUCUUCUACAAUAAAAAAAGCGUGUCAUUACUUUACUAGAGAAAGAUUUAACCUGCGAACUAAAUUACUAAAACAAUACACCAGCGACACGGGGGAACAAAUUAAGACGCAUUCAUUUUGAAUUACUUUAAUCACAGAACUAAUGCAAACUUUGCCAAUUCAAGAUAUAAAAAAAUCAUUGGACAUAAAGUAGAACAACUUAUCUUUAGUUUAAAAACUUUGUAGCCGAACGAUUCCAUUACGAUGCGAUGCAGGACGUCUUUAAAAGGUUCGCCAGAAAUAAACUCGAUGACAAUACAGCUAUUAUUCAGCAACAUCAGGCACAACAGUUAUUAAAAUAACCAAACUGCGGAUCCGGUUCGUGCUGACGCCCUUUUGGAGGACGGAACAAGAGUUUUGUGAUCUUAAAAAAAUUAAAAAUCUUUAAAAACGGACCGGAGUCUUGCAUUUUUAUGCGCGAAGCAAACCUGCUAGAACGUUAUUGUGCAACACAUAAAUGUUUCGCAGAAAGCGAAGCUUUUAAAAAGAAAGAAAAUUGUAAGCCUUUCGUAAUCUUUUUAUGUGGUCUUUUGUAUUUUAUUAACCACCUAAAGGCUCGCAGAGUAGGUUGGAUACUUUUUUCUUGAGGUUGCCGAAAGGCAACCCGAAUAAUGUCGCUUGCUCGCUUUGCUUGCGCGUUUGAUUGAACCACGUUAUUCACUAUUUAAGCAUACAAGAACAAGACCAAGAAAAGAAAAAUGAAACUCAACUUAAUCAUUCUAAGAUUAUGUGUUAAUGAGAUUAGGCUCAAUUUGG